UAAAUAGAAACCAAAGUGUCUUGGCAUUAAAUGUCACUUCCACUAAUAAACAGUCGCAAAAUCAAUAAUAUUUUGAUAAUGCACUUCUUAUAAUUCGUGAAUAUAAUCUUCUUAUUUUAUAACUCAUACAAGAACUGAAAUGUGUUGCAAUGCGAGCCGCCAGAACUGUUGCAUCGUUAUAGGAUUCCUGGCGGUUAUUGUAGGGUCUGCCGAUCUAGGAUACCGAACUCAUCUGAUGGUCACAUAUGGUGGAAAUCGUUGGCUAUUGGUGUCUGCGAUAGGCUGGAUAGUCAUAAUCAUGGCAGCAGUUUUACUGAUUGUAGGCGCAAUAAAGAAAAUCCCUACUCUUCUGGUUAUUUGGAUAAUAGUCGUACUGACUUGCGGAGUUAUUCAGAUUCUUGUAAGAAUUGUAUUAUUCACUCCAGGCAAAAAAAUGUAUUCACAAGACGCGUACCAUAUUGUUGCUGGGGGCCUUAUAAUAAUUCUUAUACUCUUGGUAUUUUCUGCCGCGUACUACCCUUAUGCAUACAAACGAGAACUUGAAGAAGACGAAUACGAAUAAAUCAAAUUUUGAAAUCAAUAUGUCUUUCCUCAAACCACUUAUUAUUAUUAUACAUUUUAAGGCUCAGAUCUCUUGGUAAUUCAAGUUCUACCAUCUGAAUAUUUGAUAACUGUAUUAUUGUCUUA